GGGCGGGGCGCCCAGCCGGGAUGCGGUGAAGGCUGAGCGGCAGCGACUGCGGCGAUGAGUGCCUCUGCGGCCACCGGGGUCUUCGUGCUGUCCCUCUCGGCCAUCCCGGUCACCUACAUCUUCAAUCAGCUGGCAGCCCAGCACGAUUCCUGGACCAUUGUAGGGGCAGCUGCUCUCAUCCUGUUCCUGGUAGCCCUGCUGGCUCGUGUCCUUGUCAAAAGAAAACCACCGCGGGACCCACUGUUCUAUGUUUACGCUGUCUUUGGAUUUACCAGUGUGGUGAACCUCAUCAUAGGCCUGGAACAAGAUGGAAUCAUUGAUGGCUUCAUGAUGCACUACUUGAGAGAGGCUGAGCCGUAUCUGAACACUGCAUACGGGCACAUGAUCUGCUACUGGGAUGGGUCUGCUCACUACCUGAUGUACCUGGUGAUGGUGGCAGCCAUAGCGUGGGAGGAAAGUUACAGAACUAUUGGCCUGUAUUGGGUUGGAUCUAUUAUUAUGAGCAUUAUUGUUUUUCUCCCUGGAAACAUUGUGGGGAAGUACGGAACACGGAUUUGUCCUGCUUUUUUCUUAAGCAUACCAUACGCUUGUCUUCCUAUCUGGGCUGGUUUCAGAAUCUAUAAUCAGCCACCCGAAAAUUAUAAUUAUCCCUCAAAGGUCAUUCAAGAAGCCCAAGCGAAAGACCUGCUGCGAAGACCAUUUGACUUGAUGCUGGUCGUGUGUCUCCUCCUGGCAACCGGAUUUUGCUUGUUUAGAGGCUUGAUCGCCUUGGAUUGCCCGGCUGAGCUCUGCCGAUCGUACACGCAGUUUCAAGAGCCCUACCUCAAGGAUCCUGCUGCUUAUCCCAAGAUUCAGAUGCUGGCCUAUCUGUUCUACUCUGUCCCUUACUUCGUGAUGGCGCUUUAUGGCUUGGUGGUUCCUGGCUGCUCCUGGAUGCCUGACCUAAGCCUGAUACACGCUGGAGGUCUAGCGCAGGCUCAGUUUUCCCACAUUGGUGCGUCUCUUCAUGCUAGAACUGCUUAUGUCUACAGAGUCCCUGAAGAUGUGAAAAUGGUAUUUUUAGUAUUAAACAUAGCAUAUGGAGUUCUUCCUCAGCUUUUGGCCUAUCGUUGUAUCUACCAACCAGAAUUCUUCAUAAAAACAAAGGCAGAUGAAAAAGUUGAAUAAAGACAUCACUUCCUGCUCCACCUCUCUUACCUUAUUGUACUGAUGUUGUUAUUUUGUCCCAUUUUAUUCUCUUCUCCUGUCUGUAUACUUAACUUUUGCUCUGCACUGUGUGUGUGAGCUAUAAUGUGGUAUUGUAUAAGUAAAUGUUUUGUCUUUUUCUGAAGGAAAAUUGAAGUUCU